AUGCCUCAUCAGUAUGGAGCCCCAUACAAGUUAGAGGAUAUCCCGAUCCCAAUCAUCAGCGACGAUCAGCUCCUGGUCAAAGUCGGGGCCGCCGGCUUCUGCCACACAGACCACCAGAUCUACAACGGGGUCUACAAGUCCCCCUUGCCCGUGACUCCAUCGCAUGAGCCCGCAGGAACCAUCGUGGCGGUCGGAAAGAAUGUGACAGGCCGUUGGGGGCCUGGUCAGCGUAUUGGGAUGCUGAACUUUCGGGGGGCUUGUCAUGCGUGCGUAGGCUGUGAUCUUGCGCGCGACCCCCUUCGGGCCGACGAGCCUGAUACUCGUUUCUGCGAGAACAAGGAGAAUGCUGGUGUCAAUGCUGAUGGGGCAUUUGCGGAGUACAUCGUGGCCGACCCAGCCACUUCGGUGCUUUUGCCGGAUGGGGUAUCGUUUGAACAGGCUGCUCCGCUGAUGUGUGCUGGGGCUACCGUUUGGACUAGCCUCAAGAAAACAGGAGUAGACCCCAACCUCCCUAUUGGAGUUAUCGGUGUCGGAGGUCUAGGCUACCUUGCCCUGCAAUUUGCGGCGGGAUUAGGGCAUCCGACCAUUGCGAUUGACAACCGACCCGAAGGGCGGCAGCUGGCCAGUGAACUACCGGCUCACCUGCAACCCGGUAAAGUCGUGGACUAUAAUAGUCCUCAUGCCACGAAGGAGGUAGUUGGGUUUGCCGAAGGGAGUGGAUUGGGGGCCGUGCUGGUUUGCACCGACAGCGUCGACGCGACGGAAUGGAGUCUUAAGCUUCUCCGGCCUCACGGGGUUUGUGUACCGCUGGGGCUGCCCGUGGAAGGUUUUAAGUUCUCGGCCUACGACCUGGUAUUUAAGGAGCUGGUUAUUCGUGGAAGUUUGGUCGCAAACCAGCGCCUCUUGUCGGAUAUGAUGGAGUUCGUCGCGAAGAAAGGGGUCCGGUCUUACGUGAAGACGGUGAAGCUUGAGGAGGCCAUGGAUCUUCCAGACCAGUAUAUGGACCCUCAUUUGAAAGGGAGACUGGUUGUUGUUCUCUAG